GGUGGAAGGAGCAGGUACAUCUAGUGAACCUUCUGCACCGCCUAGAUCUCGGAGGUCGUCCUCGCAUAGUGCUGGUGGGCUUGAUAUCCCUGCUGCAUCGGCUGUAGCAGGUGUUUUAGCAGCUAGUCCGGAAUUGCCUUAUAUGACCCCUCCGGUCACCCAGGCAAAUUUUAGUGGAGAUUCACAAGACUCUUCAAAGGGUUAUACCAGUAUUAGUGUUAGAGAGCCUUUGGCAAAUAUAAUUGCACAGACGAAACAAAUGAAUAAGAAUAAGAGGGAACUGGAUCCUCAUUAUUCUACAGUUUCGGAUGACUCGG